CUACAACAAAACACAACAAAAACAUUAGGGUCAUUUUUCCCCCCUUUCCCCUUUUCAAUUUAACUAAAGAAUUUGAGGUUUCAUUAAUUCAACAAGAAGGGAGUAACUAAUUAAAGUUGGAAGGUGAUAACUUGCAGGGGAGUUGCGGCCGCUACUGCUACUCUGAGUAAUCUAUGCUUCAUCUAAUCUCCUCCACUUGAGCAUAUGUAUACUCUUAUAGCUUCGAAAUUUUAACUGAACCUUUGGGCAGUGCUCCAUCUCUUUUUCUUCAAUACAAGCAGCCAUCCAGGUAAUCGGAAAUUCUUCUUGCAAAUUUUGUAUUGUCAUGUAUGUCUAUGGUGACUUGUUAUAAUUUGUGUGUUUGAGACGCUUAAUAACUACUAAUUGGAGUUACUCCUUUUUUUUCCAUCUAAACUUUAUUCAGGUUUAAUCCAAUUCCACUUUUCAAACGUGUCCUUGUUCCUUUUGUCCGUUUAAAAUUUGGUUGUGUAUAGUGGGGUGGUUGCUUCACUUGCUUCUGCUCUCUGUUUAGGAUAAGAGUAACAGAUGUAAGGGUCAAUUGGAUGCCAUAAAACAAGAUGAAUUGUGCUGAUUAUUUGUUUAUAAUUAUAUUUGUUUUUUUAGUUCACCUCAAGAAGUUGCUUCUGAUUAGUUUAUUAUUUACAAAUAUUACUAGCUCAUUUGAUUGUCAAGGUGUGGUCCAAUGAGGACAUUUAUUCUUAGAAAAGAUUAUUAAAGGAAUAGUUGUAUGAUUGUUUGAUGGUAUUUUCUUGUGAUCUUUGGACCUUUUUUGAAAUUAAAUGAUCAAAAGUGCAGCUGAAACUGUGAACUAAUCUUAUUAUUACUAUUCUCAAGAGGUUGUGAGGCAAAAGAUUAAUCUUCUCUUUAAAGAUUCUCAUUUUCUAUACUUACUUUCUUUUAAAUGAUACUCCUUAUUUUAUUUUGUAGUGUGUUAGCUUGAACACAUUAAGCUUUAAAUUUAAGUAAUUUAAAAAGUUUCUCUGUUCAUUAGACAUGCUUUGUAGUUGUUAGUUUGUUUAAUUUGAGAUUUUUAUUUCAGGUUGUUCUCAUUUACAUUAGAGGUUUAUUUUUAUCCUUUUUUGAACUAAAGCUAGUUUGAGUAUAAUUUGAUUGGCCAUCAAUAGUAGCUAUGAGCUUUAAGAUUGUGAUGUGUUGUGGCAUUGAAAAAUAUGCUAGUAAUGCACUUGUUUGACUCUUUACUUCUGUCCAUAAAAUAAAUGCAUUCCACUAGGAACCCUUAAGCCCCACGGCAUAAGUUAAACUGCCUCCACAUAGGUCUAGGGAGAUAGGACUAUGGCGUCUCUUUUGCUUUCAGUUUUAGUGUUUUACACAUUUCUUUUACUUUAUUGAUGUGCAAUAUUAGUUUAAGAAUAUUUCAGAGUUAAAUUUACCUAUUACUGGGUGUGUUAUUCUUGUUGCCUUGGAAGCUAAAACCUCUUUCCUAGGCACUUGCAUGCCUAUUUCAAGAGUUUCAUUAUAUAUUCAACUUAAAUGUCUUGUUUAUUAUUUUCUCAUGCUUGAAUUUUUUGUAAUAUUUGCACAUUGGAUGCGUGGAAUGGUGGUAUCUUUGACAAAAAUGUCACUUUUAAUGAUAUGAACUUUGAAUAUUUUUCUGUAGCUGCAGAGGUAAUUUGUGUUCAUUUUAGGGAUUACACGAUAUUUUAUGAACAGAAAAGGUAAGAACCAAAUCGUUUUGACCUUGUUCGGUUCCAAAACGUUCUGAAUUUUUUAUUAGGAAUGAACCAAAUUUUAAAACAACAUUUUCUAAAAUGGUUAUUCUACAUUUUAACCAGAUUCAAUUAAUCUCAGGCCUAACAUACCCGAGUAACCCGAUCUAAUAAUCCAUAAAAAAAGUCAAUUUAUGAGACAAUAGGAAAAACCAAUCCUAAUGGAAUUAGAGGAAAACCUCUAGCUUUGUUUUUAAUUUAAUUACUCUCAUCAAGAUUCAAGGCUUGAUAAAGCUCAACUUCACUCUUGGAACCGACCGACAUAAGGAGGCAAGCCCCUGAAAACGCUGCUGGGAACAAAAAGGUGACUUUUUUCUGAUAUUGUUUGGAGUCUAAAGUUUCAUUCUUUGAUGGGUGGGAAUCGUGUCAUUUGUGAUUCUAGGUUUCAACUAAAGUGUGCUGCAGAGAGAUUUGACCCUUAUGAUUGGAUAAGUCGCCUUCCAGAUGACAUUCUCAUUGUGAUAUUGUCUUCCCUUCCGCUGAAGGAAGCUGGGUGCACGAGUGUUCUUUCAUUUCGUUGGAAGAACUUGUGGAAACAAACCUCGUGCCUCAUUUUUUAUGACAGCAGUGCAUUGGACAAGAUUGCUCAAGAUAACAAGCUACGCAGUGAGGAGAGGCGCAAGUACGUAAGAUGGGUGAACUCAGUCCUGAAAUCUGCACCACACAAAGGGGCGCUCACCUUGGAACACUUCAGGAUCUGUUUUGAUAUAGGAAAAGCAUUCUCUAGGACCAUUACGAGGUGGCUUAAAUUUGCUUUUAAGAGACGGGUUGAGAGCUUGGAGUUGAACCUUCUAGAAUAUGGCGAUUAUAAAUCAAAGAAACCAUAUGUCUUCCCUAAAGACAUCUUCUUCCGAAACAACAGUGACAUCCCUCACCAAACUACUACACUUUUCAACUUCAAUUUCCUGAAAGCGCUGUGUUUGAAUAAUGUUUCGAUCAGUGAUGAAGCUAUGGAGUUUUUCUUGCGCAACUGUACAUCACUAGAGCAAUUAGUUCUUCAAUGCAUAGAUCAAUUAUCAAAUCUUGAAGUUUGUGGUCCAUCCCUUGUGUUAAAAAGUUUGGAUACAAGGUAUAGCUUUGAUUUGAAAUCCAUUAGGGUAUCCGCACCAAACCUUACUUCACUUGCAGUUUCGACACCAAAAGGACUCGUGCUCGAGAAUGUUCCAAUGCUUGUAGAUUUAAAUAUUCUCUGCAUGGAAACUAAAAUGCCAUUAAAAGUUCUUACACUAAAUUGUUGCUUUUCCCAAUUGGAGAUUCUUACCCUGCGGCUGCUAAUGCAUAAGGCACAUGAUAUUGUGCGGUCCAACUUCCCUGAGAUGCUUAAGUUGAAGAAGCUGACUGUAGAUUUUUCAGCAGAUCUUGAUGAAAGUCUUCUUGGACUAACAACAUUCAUUAGGAUAUCUCCCAACCUAGAAGAAUUUGUGUUAAUGAUUGAUUGGUCCGAGGUAUCUUCAUGGGCUAGCAGAGAAGUGAACAAGGGAACACCAUUUCCUCACCAACACAUUAAGGUGUUCAAGUAUUUAGGCUAUUAUGGCCACUGCAGUGAUUUGGAAGUAGUGAUGUUCAUUUUGGAAAACUGUGUUGGACUUCAAGAAAUCAUCAUUGAUCCAGCCAUUCCGCUAGUUUUUUUGCAUGAGCCACGAGAGCCCGAUGAGAUGGACUACGAACAAGUUGGCAGAAGUAAUGCGAAGCAACAGCUUGAACCAAUAAUCCCUCCCCACAUUACAUUUGCUAUCCAAUAGAUUCUUGUUAUUCUGUUGCAUUUGCUACACCGGAGGUUACCAGCAAUCUCUAAUCUGCAGCUAUUCCCCCCCUAGCUUUAUUUAUUUGUUUAUUCAUUUUUUGGAGUUGGUGUUCAUCAGUCUCUGCGUGUACCUUUUGAAACAAGGAAUAAUAGGCAUUCAAAGCCUUCGAUUGAAAAUCACUGCUAUUCAUUAUUUUUCCGUAGCUGAUGAGUCCUAAUUUUUUAAAAUCUUUGUGUUUAUAA